UAAAGAGAGGGAGUUAAGGUUCAUCAACGAAACAGGCGAUAUUCGGCAAACGGUGGGGAGCACCAUGAAUAACAAUAGUAAAAUGCAAAUCAGAGAAUCCCUGGGGAUGGAAUUGGACGGUACAACGGUGGAGAGUAACCGGGGCUACCUAAUUACACGAAUGACCCUGCUCUCCACGGUGGCCAUUUUUAGCUGUCUGCUGCUUGGCUCCGGGCUGCUUAUCUAUCAUUUCGCAUCGUGCGAGGAACAUCAUGCUUCCACCCUGCAGCAUACAACACUCUGCGAGCAUCAACAUUCAAUACCACACCAUCACCAGCAUCAGCAGCAGCACUCCUCCAUCGAAGAACAGACGGCCACAACUUCGACGCACAAAACUUUCACCGAGGCGUCUGCCGGUCGAGAGUCGGAGAACGCAGACAAAUCGACACCCGGUGAGGAUGUCCCUAACCAGUCGGAAAAGAAGGCACAGCAAAAUCCAAACACUGCAACAGGUUUGGAGAACGCGGAAGAGAACGGAGACGAAACGGUUGCAUCAUCGGCGAAGGAGGAUUUACGGUUGCCACGAUCGAUCGAACCUGUUGCGUAUGACAUACGGCUGAUACCAUGGUUAGUGGAAGAUAACUUCACCUUCGUCGGAACGGUGGAAAUUCUAGUCAACGUGCUCGAGGAUUGUAAUAACGUGACCCUGCAUGUAGCCGCACUCAACAUUCACAGUGCCAGUGUAGAACGUGUUCCGCUUGAGCGUAGAGGAAAUGGAAAAGAAAAACGUCCAACAGAAGAUUCCGAAGCCGGUAACGAAGUCACAAAUGACGCUACUGUAUUGCAGGAAAUGCUGGAAAUCGAUCACAACCUGACAGUUGCUAGCAAGCAGUUUUAUAUCCUGAUGCUAAAGACGAAACUCCGACAGGGCGAGCAGUAUAAGGUCCGGAUCACAUACGAAGGAGUUCUCAACGAUUAUCUACAAGGGUUCUAUCGAAGUUCAUACACUGCAAACAAUGAAACGAGAUGGAUCGCUACGACACAGUUCCAACCGACGGACGCACGGCGUGCCUUCCCGUGUUUCGAUGAACCAGCUCUGAAGGCACGAUUCAAUAUCAAUAUCGCACGCGCCAAGGACAUGAUAUCGCUGUCCAACAUGCCACGACUGCGAUCGUACGAAGCUAGUGAGCCAGAACUGCAAGGAUACGUCUGGGACGUGUACCAACAGUCCGUCCCGAUGUCGACGUAUUUGGUUGCCUUCGUGGUAUGUGACUAUCACAAUCUUACCUCCGGUAACUUUGCUGUCUGGGCGCGGGCUGAUGCUAUCGGAUCGGCCAGUUACGCACUGAGCGUUGGACCGAAGCUGCUCAAAUUCCUUGAAGACUUUUUCCACAUCGAAUACCCACUGCCGAAGGUGGAUAUGAUCGCGCUACCGGAUUUUAGUGCGGGUGCAAUGGAAAACUGGGGUUUGAUCACGUAUCGCGAAACGGCAAUGUUGUACGAGGAAAAUGUUUCCGCCAUCAGCAAUAAGCAGCAUGUCAUUACGGUCGUUGCCCACGAACUAGCACAUCAAUGGUUCGGCAAUCUGGUGACGCCUUCAUGGUGGACAGAUUUAUGGCUAAAUGAAGGUUUCGCCAGCUACAUGGAAUAUCUCGGUGUAGACGCAGUGGAACCAGCGUGGAAAUCGAUGGAGCAGUUUGUAGUGAAUGAGCUACACAACGUGUUUUCACUCGAUGCGCUCUCCUCGUCGCACCAAAUCUCGGUGGAGGUACACAACCCGGAAGAGAUCCACGAAAUAUUCGAUAAAAUAUCUUAUGGAAAGGGAGCUACCAUUAUCCGCAUGAUGGAUCAUUUUCUCACGACCGAAGUGUUUAAACGAGGACUAACUAACUAUUUAAACGAAAAGAAAUAUCAGAGUGCUAGUCAGGACGAUCUCUGGCAAUAUCUUACCGAUGAAGCGCGGCGUGGUGGAGUUUUCGAUGAGCUCACAUCCGUGAAAGAGAUCAUGGACACGUGGACAUUGCAAACUGGAUUCCCCGUGGUGUUUGUACAGCGUGAUUAUGAGUCGGAUAGCAUAGAGUUUCGACAGGAACGUUUCUCUUUCGGAAGUGGGACGAAUGGUUCAAAUGCUGUCCACGUGAGUGAACGGUUUCUGUGGUGGAUCCCGAUUACCUACACCACGCUUGGGGACUGUAACUUCCAGCAGACUAAACCAGCCAUCUGGAUGAAAGCGGAGGAGGCUUUGGUGAUCAAUAAUCAUGACAUUCCUAGUCACGAUUGGAUGAUCGUUAACGUACAACAAACUGGAUACUACCGAGUUAACUACGACGAACGUAACUGGCAGUUGAUCGUGAAGCAUCUACAGGAUAGGAACAAGUAUAAAACGAUUGCUGCGUCGAAUCGUGCCCAGCUGAUAGAUGAUGCACUGAAUUUGGCCCGUGCUGGUUAUCUCGACUAUGCCGUUGCGCUGAACGUUACGAGGUAUCUUGUCCAUGAGACAGAUUACGUGCCAUGGAAGGCGGCUAUUGCCGCUCUCAACUACAUUGACUCGAUGCUAAUACGCACACGCCAUUAUGGACUUUUUAAGAAAUACUCGAUGGAUCUACUCGAAAACAUUUACCGUGAGGUCGGCUUUGAGGAUCAUCGAGACAGUCCGCUGUUGACGGUGUACAAACGAAUAAGCGUGCUAAAAGCCGUGUGUCACUUAGGACACAAGGAUUGCGUGAAUCACUGCCUUAGGAAGUAUUACGAAUGGAUGCAUCAACCAAAUCCAGACAUUAACAAUCCUAUUUCGCCUAACCUGAAAAGCACCGUAUACUGUACAGCAAUCAAGUAUGGCGAUGAAACGGAAUGGGACUUUGCAUGGGAACGAUUCCAGCGGACGACGGUCGCUAGCGAAAAGGAAAUUUUACUUUCCGCAAUGGGAUGUUCCCGCGUGCCAUGGAUCUUGGCUCGAUACUUAGAGAACGCAAUGUCGGAUGAGUACGGCAUCCGCAAGCAAGACGCAUUCCGAGUGUUUAUAUCCGUGGCCGAUAACGUCAUCGGUCAGCCGAUUGCGUUUGAUUAUAUGCGCAACAAUUGGCCGAAAAUGAAGAGCUACUUUGGUGCUUCGAUGUCGAAUCUGAACAUUAUUCUUAAGUAUUGUACCAAGCGGUUCAACACCGAGUCGGAGCUGUUGGAACUGAAGGAGUUUGCCGAAAUUCAUUUAAAAGACAGCGGCCGUACGAUACAGCAGGCGAUCGAGUGGACGGAGUCGAACAUCGCUUGGUUAAACCGCAACGCGCAGCCGAUUGUUAAUUGGUUGAAUGAAAUUUAAAGUA